UCAGUUUAGCUUUUUGGAUUUUCAGGCACUCGUCUUCUUCUUCGUCAAAUUCGCUCCGCGAACAAAAACAAAAAUACGCCUGAAAUCAAAGCAAUUUCCUACUUUGAUAAAACAUUUUUUGAUAAUUUGAUAAGUUCUUGCUAUUAAAUUGUUGAGCGUUUUGUGAAAUCCUAGCUACAACGACACAAAAGGGUAGUGUAGAUUUUCUAGAAGCAUUGCCUUGUGCGCAGCACGACAGCGACAGAAAAACUCAUUAAUCCAGUAGAUUCCUCGCUGUUCAGAGCCUAAAACGUAUUCCAGUGAUGCCACAGGACAUCAAACGGGAACGGAAAAGUACACAGUCGACGAUGCACUCGAAAAGAAGUCACUGGAAUGAAGCUCCCCUAUCGCCUUGCCCCAUUCCGGACAUCAGCGACGAUGAGUUGGUGUCCAUUUCGGUCCGAGACCUGAACCGUACCCUGAAGCUGCGUGGCCUGACCCGGGAUGAGAUCGUCCGGAUGAAGCAGCGGCGGCGCACGCUCAAGAACCGUGGAUACGCCGCGAGCUGCCGGAUCAAACGGAUCGAGCAAAAGGACGAACUGGAGACGGAAAAGUCGCAGGAGUGGCGCGACAUGGAGAAGAUGCACGAGCAAACGAACCGAAUGCGCGACGAGGUCGAUGCCCUGCGGAACAAGUACGAAGCACUGCGGAAGUUUGCCAUCGGCGAGAAGAUCCCGCUGCCGCCGGAGUUGGACAUUUUGGGCUAGGAGGGAGGCAGCCAUUCCAUUAGGGUUACAAGGGAAUUAGGAUUAGGUGUGUAGUGUGAGUUGGGGAUUUUACGUUAGGUAUUAAUAUGUGUUAUCUUUACCUGAAUAUAGAGUUUACCGCUUAGUAGGAUUUGCGUAUACUUAAA